AUGUUCUUAUCUAGAUUUAGCAAAACAAAAACAUUCAUACCACUAAAAACGAUACUGUAUCGCCCGCAACUGAAACUCUUUAUGAGUACGGAGAUGAAGAAAGCUCUUCAAGAUGCAAUAGGUUCAGCUCCGGUUGUACUAUUUAUGAAAGGUACCCCAGAGUUCCCCAAAUGUGGGUUUUCAAAAGCUACUAUACAGUUGUUAGGACAGCAAGGUGUAGAUCCUGCUAAAUUCGCUGCAUAUAAUGUUCUAGAAGAUCCAGAGUUACGUGAUGCUAUAAAAGAAUUUACAGAAUGGCCAACUAUUCCACAAUUAUUUGUCAAUAAGGAAUUUGUUGGUGGUUGUGAUGUCAUUACGAGUAUGUCUCGUUCUGGUGAAUUGGCUGAAGUAUUGGAAGAAGCAGACGCUCUUGUCCCAGAAGAAGAAGAAGAGAGUACACACGACAAUAAAAAGGAAAGCCAAGAAUAG